UUCUUCUUCUUCAGGUUACCCACCCCCUUCAGGAUGAAAGCUGUGGUGCUGGCGGUGGCUCUGAUCUUCCUGACAGGGAGCCAGGCUCGGCAUUUCUGGCAGCAAGAUGACCCGCAGACCCCAUGGGACAGAAUGAAGGACUUUGCUACUGUGUAUGUCGAUGCGGUCAAAGACAGCGGCAGAGACUAUGUGUCCCAAUUGGAAAGCUCUGCCUUGGGCAAACAGCUGAACCUGAAUCUCUUGGAAAACUGGGAUACCCUGGGCACAACCUUUAGCAGCCUACAGGAUCAGCUGGGCCCGCUUUCUCUGGAGCUGUGGGAUAAUGUGGAAAAGGAAACAGAUUGGCUGAGGCAGGAGAUGAACAAGGACCUGGAGGAAGUGAAGAAGAGCGUGCAGCCCUACCUGGACGACUUCCAGAACAAGUGGCAGAAGGAGGUGGAGUUCUACCACCAAAAGGUGGCGCCUCUGGGAGCCGAGCUGCGCGACAGCGCGAGCCAGCAGAUGCAGGAGUGGCAAGGAAAGCUAGGCCCUCUGGGCCAGGAUGCUCGCGACCGCUUGCGCCUGCUUGUAGACUCGCUGCGCACACAAUUGGCUCCCCACCACGACAACCUGCGCGAGCGACUAGCCCAGCGCCUGGCCGAACUCAAGAACAACCCCACCCUGGCGAGCUACCACACCAAGGCCAGCCAACACCUGAAGACGUUUGGUGAGAAGGCCAAACCCGCGCUGGAGGACCUGCGCCAGGGCCUGAUGCCAAUGGUGGAGACCUUUAAGGCCAGAGUCGCGACUUUAAUCGAUGAGGCCAGCAAGAAGCUGAACGGCCAGUGAGGCGCCAGCCUCUGUUCCCCACCCCUGCAUUGGUUUUCUUACAAUAAACUUUUCCAAAGUG